CUAUCCCCACUCCCCUCUCUCGGGCGGAAGAAGGAGCCGCCGACCUUCUUCCCCGCCUCGCCUCCUCGGGCACGCAGCCGGCGAACAGGCCCCGCCCCUAGCCUUCUCCGGCCUCCUCGCGCUCACGCCACGGCCGGCGAGCAGCUCUGGACCCACGGUGUGUCUACGCUGCUGGCCUCACUCCCCACCACUUCGAUUCCAAGGUAUUCCGCCGUCCCCAGCGCAUAGAAUCUCGUCCCGCCAUCCCUUCGCCCCCCCACCCCUCCCCCCCGAUCCGCCAAAUCUGUAGCUCUUUCGGGCUCGCGGUUCCAGGCCUCGUGGCUUGCUCGCGGGGCCAGCAAGGCUAGCCCCUAGCUGGAAAAUGAUGUGCGACCUCUUCGGUACUUAUAUAAAUACUAAGGAGAUUUUCAGCCUCCCAUAGGAAGGAAUUUUAUAAAGUGGGCAGCAGCCAUGUCAGGCAUUGAUGGUAACAAGCCACCAUCAGAUGUUUCAGUUGAUGAGAAUGAUGACUGGGUGAUAGUUAAGAAGCAGCGAAUCACCAUACUGAUCCCUCCGCCAUCACCUGUAGCUGCAAACCUUCAGGAUGAUAUGGAAAAAAUAAGUUCUGGACAAACUUGCUUAGCCAAAAAAAGCAGGGAAUAUUGUGAUGCUGCACGAAAGAAGCAUCCAAAGCAGAUUGUUAGUGAGAAAGCUCAGGAGCCACUUCUAGAGGGCAUCAAAGUUGCUGCCAACAUCAAGAAAGCUCAAGAAAAUGCUUUCGAAAGUACAAGCCAUAAAGAUAUUCCAACAAUCAGAGGAGAGAGAUCUUCACAUAGUCCUGUUGCUCCUGCUGUAAAAGCAGAUCGGACUAAACAUGCAGAUCAUGCUGCCAUUCAAGGACAGUUUCAUGAGGACAUUGCGAAAACAGGAAAUUCAUUUGGCAGCAUUUGUAAGGCAGAGCUACCAGUUAUUUCCUCACAAGUCACGAAUAAGAUAUUGCGAGCACGACUUCUCGAGAGACGGGUUGCUGGAUUUGGUGGGCUGAAGAAUUGGCUUUUCACUUGUGGUUUUGGAUGGUUUGUUGAUAUAUUGGACAGUGAAAAACUGGGGAUGUAUCAGAUAGUUUCCCUUACAAUGAACCAGCUAAAGGAUAUGGGUCUUGAUGCUGUAGGUCCACGGAGGAAAUUGAUCCAUGCCAUUGAGUGUGUUUCCCAGCCCAACCAAUUUGAGAUGUUUUCUUGAUCUCAAGUUCUAUUGGUUGAUUAUAAACCACUGCUACUAUAUCUGAGAGGAAUGUCUGCAGUAGUCAGAGUUCAGAAUCUAUUUUGACCUAGAUCUGAAAAUGCCACCAGUCUUGAAUUUUUUUGAAGCAGAAAAUUAGAAGCUGCAGACAGUCAGUUCUACCUGUAUUAGAACAUGCUUAUGAGAUGAUCCCUUGUAAAAAAUAUUUUGCAUCUGAGAUGUUC